AUGGCUUCACCAUUGAAAACAACACUAAUUUUCUCCAUCUUCAAUAUCUUCUUCCUAUCCCGAGUCACCUCGAAUCCCCACCCAUUAGACUCACUCACUUCCUCCGAGUUCCUCCUGGUUCGAGCCAUCGUGAAUCAGUCUUACCCUUCCUUCAACCACAAGCUAAGCUUCCAAUACGUAGGGUUAGAGGAACCAGAAAAGCAAGCUGUAAAAUCAUGGCUAUCGAAACCCUCCUCCAAACCCCCACCUCGCCAAGCAUUGGUCGUUCUCAGAUUCGAAAACCAAACUCGUGAACUUGUCGUUGAUUUAUCGAGACGCGCCGUCGUUUCCGAUAAACUCUACGAGGGAUUCGGGUACCCGAUACUCACCGCGGAAGACCAAGAAGCGGCUGCGGAUUUAGCCCUUAAACAUGGACCGUUUUUAGCGUCGAUUAAACGACGGGGGCUUAAUAUAUCCGAAGUUUCUUUCUUAAGUUUGACUAUCGGUUGGUAUGGACAAGUGAAGACGAAGCGUGAGCUGCAAGUAAAGUGUUUCUAUUUGAAUGGGACGGUCAAUUUCUAUUUGAGGCCUAUAGAAGGAAUAACUAUAGUUGCCGAUAUCGAACAAAUGAGGAUAUCCGAAUACGUCGACCGGGCCGUGAUUCCGUUGCCGAAAGCCGAGGGGACUGAUUAUCGAGCGUCAAAGAUAACGCCACCUUUCGGUCCACGUUUCAAUGCCGCUCCGCCGAAGCCGCCGGGCCAAAUAGGGUUCAAACUUGACGGAAACGUGGUCACUUGGGCGAAUUGGAGGUUCCAUGUAGCGUUUGAUGCUCGAGUUGGUCCGGUGAUCUCUCUAGCUUCCAUCUACGAUGCAGAACAGAAAAAAUAUCGACAAGUCAUGUAUCGAUCGUUCAUCUCCGAACUCUUCGUACCGUAUCAGGAUCCGACAGAAGGGUGGUACCGCACGACAAUCUUCGACAGCGGGGAAUACGGGAUCGGAAACUUUGCGAUCUCGUUGGAGCCCCUCAACGAUUGUCCAUCCCGUGCAGUCUUUGUAGACGGUUACUACGCAGCCUCGGAUGGUAGACCCGUGGAAGUACCGAACGCAAUGUGCAUAUUCGAAAGACAUUCCGGCGAUGUAAUGUGGCGACAUAAUGAUGCCGAUCGAAAGAUCAGAGAAACGAGACCAGAUAUUAGCAUCGUGGUGAGAAUGGUUGCGACUGUGGCCAACUAUGAUUAUGUCUUUGAUUGGGAGUUCAAACCAAGUGGAUCCAUUAAAUUUUUGGUUGGUCUAACCGGAGUGUUACAAGUGAAGGCAGUUCCCUACACUCGGACCGACCAAAUCAAAGAGGAAGUUUAUGGCACAUUGGUAGCCGGCAAUACAAUCGGCGUGAGCCAUGAUCAUUUUCUAACAUACCAUCUCGAUGUCGAUGUCGACGGCGAUGCUAAUUCCUUCGUGAAGACCCAUUUGAUCACCAAACGGGUCAUGGACAAGAACAUCCCGAGAAAGAGUUAUUGGAACUUCGAACACGAAUUAGCCAAAACUGAAUCCGAUGCAAAGGUGAAAUUCGGGCCUAACUCGCAAGAGUUCCUAGUGGUUAAUCCGAACAAGGAGACUAAACUUGGGAACAAUGUCGGGUACCGUUUGGUACCUGGAUCAUCAGCCGGGCCACUCCUCAUCCCCGAUGACUUCCCGCAAAUCCGAGCCGCAUUCACGAAUUAUAACAUGUGGGUGACACCGUAUAACAAGUCGGAGAAAUGGGUCAGCGGGCGAUAUGUCGAUCGAAGUCGAGGAGACGACACACUAGCGGUGUGGACGGAGAAGAAUCGGAACAUCGAGAAUAAGGACAUUGUGGUGUGGUACACCGUGGGGUUCCACCAUGUGACUUGCCAAGAAGAUUUUCCGGUGAUGCCCACGUUGAGCGUUGGGUUUGAGCUUAAGCCUACUAAUUUCUUUGAAUAUAGUCCGGUGAUCAAAACUGUACCUCCACAGCAUUUCAGUUGGCCCAACUGCACUAAGUGA